UUUAUAAACUCCUUUUAUCCUUUCACGGCAACGAAAGUGACUGUGAGUGUGAGAGCUCAUUUAAACCCCUCCCCUUUUUUUUAUUAAACCCUAAAACUAUAUUACUGCUGGUGAAGAUGUGGAUGAUGGGCUACAAUGAUGGUGCCGAGUUCAACAUGCCUGAUUCCUUCAAUGUUAGGAAGCUCAGGCCUUUAAUUCCUAAGCCGAUAUCUUCUCCCAACAACUCUCCUUGUCUUAACCGUAUCAAUGGCUCCGACUUUUUUGCACUGAAUCAUCACCUAAGUAUGGGAGAACAAAACAAGAGGGAGUUCAAUACACAACCAGCAGUUGUAGUGAGCUCGAGGUGGAAUCCAACGCCGGAGCAGCUAAGAACACUUGAAGAGCUUUACAGACGAGGCACUCGAACCCCGUCGGCUGAUCAAAUUCAGCAUAUAACAGCGCAGCUCCGUAGAUAUGGUAAGAUCGAAGGGAAGAAUGUGUUCUAUUGGUUCCAGAACCACAAGGCAAGGGAACGCCAGAAACGACGCCGGCAGAUGGAAUCAUCUCAAGAUGAACACGUACGCGAACCCGACACCUUGGAAAGAAAGGAUUCAGAAUCGAAUAGGACAGCUUAUGAAGUUGAACAGACCAAAAACUGGGCACUCCCUACAAACUGCAGUAUACUAGCAGAGGAAUCUACAUCAAUACAAAUGGCAGCAAAAGCAGCAGUGUCAGAGUGUAUAUGGCAGCAAAAGCAGCAGUGUUAUCAGGAAUCUGUAUCAAUACAAAUGGCAGAUGGAUGGAUCCAGUUCGACGAAGGGGAAUUACAGCAGAUGAGAAACUUUGUUGAAAGGAAUGACACGUGGCAGCAGCACAAGAUGCAAUUCCCUUACCCUCGUUGCCUGUCUCCUAGUUCUAGCCCUGUUACUGGUCUUAGCUCCACUACGCCCACGGCAGCGAUUAGCACUGCCACCACCGUCUGCCCGAUCAAACCAAUGGACCCAAAGCACCACAACUUUUUCAAGACGCAUGAUCUCAACAUCUUUAAAUCCCCUUGCAGGCAACAUGCCAAUGUGCUUGACCACUUCAGCUUUGCUAGAAACCAUGAAGCCUCCGGGGACGACUCUCAAACCCUACAACUCUUCCCUCUUCGUUCUGAUAACUCGAAGGAAAAGGAGAACGAGAUAUCCAUCGCAACCGUGCCUACGACCGUCAACCUAGCUCCUAACUGCCAGUUUUUUGAAUUCCUUCCUUUGAAGAACUAAAAAUCAUUGAAGACAUUUUUUUUUACUUAAUUUGCUAUGUAGGUAAAAUUAGAAAUGUUGGUUAAUGUUUAGG